CCUGUGUGUUUAACACUGGGCAGUUCUGCUCUGAGUCUCUAAGUGGGAAGUAGAGUGUGACUGUGGGAAACACAAACAUCAGAGACGCGAUUACGGCAUCGCCUUGUUCUGCUCAUUCCUGCCCAGAUGAUAACGUUUCUGCUGUUCCUGCCCCAUCUCCUCCAGAACAGCUUGGUCUCUGGGGCCGAGGGGAGCACAUCAGCCAGGGAUUUGGUAGGCAUCGUGGGAGGCCAGGAUGCACAGAAGAAUAAGUGGCCCUGGCAGGUGAGCCUGAGACAUCGUGGGCAACACCUGUGCGGUGGCACCCUCAUCCACCGGCGCUGGGUCCUGACCGCUGCCCACUGCUUCGAUUGCUUUGACAAGAUCUCAGCGUAUGAUGUUCAGACAGGGGCGUGGAAGUUGGACCAGGCCGAUCCCGCUAAACUGAUUCCAGUGAAAAACAUCGCUAUCCACAACAACUACUUGAAAAAUGACUUAGUCGGCGGGGACAUCGCACUGGUGGAACUGGGUCGUGCAGUGGACAAGUCUGGCUGGAACAAAGACAUCCAACUCCCCGAGGCCAUGGCCCAGUUGACCAAAGGAAUGCCAUGCUGGGUGACAGGCUGGGGGUACAUUGGAGAGAAAGACAAACUCCCUCCUCCCCGCACUCUCCAGGAGGCACAGGUUCCUAUAUUUAACACGUCGGUCUGCAAGAAAAACUACUUCAAAAUAAAUAGACUGAUACUGGACGACAUGUUAUGCGCAGGUUAUAAAAAAGGAAAGAAGGACAGCUGUCAGGGUGACUCCGGGGGACCCCUGGCCUGUGAAACCACAAGCAAAGGCAACUGGACCUUGGUGGGAGUGGUGAGCUGGGGAAACGGCUGUGGGCGAUCCAGAUUCCCAGGAGUUUAUGUUAACGUCUCCUACUACAAGACGUGGAUCCAAGAGAAAAUUCGCCAAAGCCUGGAUUAGACAAGGAGAUCGGCCAAGUAGAAAGAGAGCUGGAAUAGGAGUUGGGAGACCAAGUUCUACAUACUGUCCCGCUAUUGACCCCAUGAAUAUUCUGCUUCUCGGUUUCGACCCUAUGAAUACUCUGCUUCUCGGUUUCCUGCUCUGUAAAAUAGAAAUAAGGAUUCCUCUAUCUCCCUACUUCUGUGAGUCCUGUGUGGGACAGGGACUGGAUCUGAUGUGAUUAUAUUGCAUAUACCUUAGUGCUUGGCACAGAGAAAGUGCUUAAUAAAUGCCACAGUUAUCAUUUUUUUUAAA